UGCUCGCGAAAAAAUUUCAAUUUAAAUAUAAAUAUUUUCGGCAGUCGUAAUGUUGAAGUAUUCGAGUUCAGAAGUAGAACGAUUUAAAAAAAAUGUAUUUUUCAACGACUCGGGUCAUUAUUUUGGUUUUAGCGGUAAGUUAUGUAGAGAGCAGACGCGUUAAACGAAUUGUUGGUGGUAUUCAAGCUGCCCCACCACCUCCGGAUGAUCCAGUUGUCUUCACCAAAUUAUACAGCAAAGAUGCGCGCGUUGAAGGAUAUCGGAACGCACUGAGUGGCUUGUAUUCAUUCCUGGCGAUACCGUUUGCCUAUCCGCCGAUCGGAAAUGAUCGUUAUCGUCGUCCGCGUUUUAAACGGCUAGAAGGAGAUGUAAAUGCCACCGUGUUUGGUCAACCUUGUCCUCAACCAGAUUCAGAAGGUUACAUUGUUGGUUCCGAAGAUUGUUUGUGGCUGAAUAUUUACACACCUCAAAUGCCGGACGAAUCGACGGGCUUGCCGGUGAUUGUAUGGAUUCACGGCGGUGGUUAUCGUUAUGGUUCUGCAAAUCAAUAUACAGCUGAGUCGUUAACAUCGAAAAGUGUAAUUUUUGUGCCGAUUCAGUAUCGAUUGGGAUCGCUUGGAUUUUUGGGCGAUGGCACAACGGAAUUUUCAGGCAAUGCUGCUCUAUUUGAUAUGGCAAUGGCUCUUCGCUGGGUGCACGAAUACAUACACUUUUUUGGUGGUGAUCCAAAGCAAAUUGUCGUAAUGGGACAAGGAAGUGGAGCCCAAGCGGCAACCUAUUUAACAACAACACAACGAUCGUCACGUGAAAUGGUCAGCGGUGUGGUUGCCAUGUCAGGCUCACCAUAUACACCGAAUGCCGUUGAUGAUACACCAACGCAAACCAACAAAGAUGUCAUUGCUAUAAAUAGUUGUCAACGAGAAAAUGAAACGGAAAUCGUGAAAUGCAUGCGAGCUCGAAAUUUUGAGGAUAUAAUUCGUGCGGAUUCAAAGAUACAAGUUGAGCGAUUGCAAGGCCAAAAUAUGGUUCGAACAAUGAAUGGCAAUGUUGGAUAUCAACCAAUUGUUGAAGGUAAAGAGAAUCAUCGUUCACUUCCUGGAUUCCUUGAAGAGAAUCCAAGAUAUGUUGUCGGCAAUGGUACGUUCAAAAAGGUACCACUACUUACGGGUGUAACUCGCGAUGAGACCGCCAAUUCCAUCAAUAUUAAACAGAUCGAAAAAAUCUUCAUGACAACCACCAAAUUUUUGGACUCAGUCACCAAUACUCUGAAGAAAAAUGGCGUGCUUGGAAAUGUUAUGAACACUCUUUUGCCCGGUGUUGAAAAAGUGCUUUCACUGAGUGAAUAUUUGAAAGUUUCCGAUAAAUUGAAUGUAAUGCAAGUGGUGAGCAAAUUGACUGAGGCCACCACCGAUGCUCUUUUCAAUCUUCCGGCAAUUUUAACGGUGCAAACAUGGACAAAGGUGGCGCCCGCAUAUUUGUACAGUUUUGAGCAUAUUGGCCGAAGUAGCAAUCGUGGUUCGACAUUUUUGAAAGGCCUUCCAAUUGUCGGUAAUGCACAACCAGCAAACAAUACCGUAGGUCAUGGUGAUGAAUUGGCAUAUCUAUUUGAUGCUCGGGAUAUUUUCGGCAAACAAUUAAACAAUAUCAAACCGUUGGAUGAGACUGAUAAAAAAGUUCGUGAUAUUUUCUCCAAUUUGGUGACACAAUUUGCUUACUGGAAUAGUGGCCAAGGAGUGAAAAAUAAAGCAGCAUUUCAGGAAUUCAAAUCGGAUCAAAGCAACUUCAUUCGCAUUGGACAGGAAGCGAUGCUGGGCAAAGAUUUCCGUUUCUGCCAAAUGGCACUUUGGGGUGCAAUCGUAAAACCAUCGUCCAAAGACACAUCAUGCAAAUUCAUUGUCAAUCAACUGGCGUCAUCUUUACUAACGGCCACAGGAAAUCUUACUUCAUCCCUUGGCAAUACACUGGGAAAUACUUUGGGCAUUUUGAAUCUUGGCGGAAAGAAGGACGCAUCAGGAGUAGCACCGGCAAAAAGUGGCGUUCAACUAGGUGCAACAGCGAACAAACAAACCGAUAAAAAGGGUGCCGUUACGAAUAAUCGAUGAAGUGGCGGACUACUUGGCCUACUUUAACUGCGAACAUAUCCAGUUUCGUUCCUGAUUUCAUGAAAAUAUUUUCCAUUUUGAUGAAUUUAUAAUAGAUUUGAUUUCCAUUAUGGAAAAAUCCAUUGGCAAAAGUUUGGAAUGAAUUGUAUGAAAAGAACGCAGUUUUAGUACCAUUAAUAAAACGUCCUUAAAAAUUUAAUGUUAA